UGCACACUACAUGCCAUCCAUGUGGCAUCGUUGUGUUGUUGUUGUUAUUAAUCAGCAAAGCCACAAAAGUAGAAAUUUGGAAACAUGUCCGAGCUAAAUAUGGAGCUAAAUAAACUCAGGGAACUGGAACUAAAGACGAAAGGUCUUGCCGCCAGAAUACAAACUGCCAAAAAUUGCAAUACUGAGCCGCUCGACGUUGAUCUAGUUCAGCUUCAGCUUGAAAACAAAAAGCUUAAGAAUCGCUUAUUUAUCUUAAAGAAGUCCAUUGCUGAAGAAUCAAAUCCCGGCGACAUAAAGCUCAAAGAUUCUUCUUCGAUCACUGAGCAUUUGGAAAGUGUAUUUGGACAAGCAAUUGCAUCAGCCUUUCCGGAAUUUAAAGAUACUCAAGUUAUCAUAGCACCAGUUAAUAGUUCGUCUGCCAAAUUCGGUGACUAUCAGUGUAACAAUGCCAUGGGAUUAUCCAAGAAACUUAAAGAAAAAGGCAUUAAUAAACCGCCACGUGAUAUAGCAACCGAGAUAAAAAGGCAUUGCCCACCGUCGCCAAUAAUAGAAAAGCUGGAAAUAGCCGGAGCUGGUUUUGUGAAUGUUUUUCUUAGCAAAGAUUUUGCAGCUUCAGCCUUAAGCAAUCUGUUGCGUAAUGGUGUUAAGCCGCCAGAAAUACCGAAAAAGCGAGUCUUGGUCGAUUUUUCAUCGCCCAACAUUGCUAAACAGAUGCAUGUGGGCCACUUGCGAUCCACAAUUAUUGGCGAGUCGUUAUGCCGCCUAUUAGAGUUCCUUCAGCACGAUGUGGUCCGCAUAAAUCAUCUUGGAGACUGGGGAACACAAUUUGGCAUGUUGAUUGCCCAUUUGGAAGAUCGUUUCCCCAAUUACCUCAAUGAAAGCCCACCCAUUAGUGAUUUACAAUUGUUCUACAAAGAGUCUAAAAAGCGAUUCGAUGAAGAUGAAGAAUUCAAAAAGCGUGCCUACAGUCGAGUGGUUUCAUUGCAGAAAGGCGUCCCAAACUCUCUAAAAGCCUGGGAACUAAUAUGCAAUGUUUCUCGAAAGGAAUUCCAAACGAUAUAUGAACGUUUAGAUAUUAGCAUUAAGGAACGUGGCGAAUCAUUUUAUCAAUCCCGUAUGCUGUCUGUAGUCGAAUUUUUGCGAGGAAAGGGAUUGCUAGAAGAGGAUGAAGGUCGUGAGAUUAUGUGGCCUGAUGACACGAAGACUGGCAUACCUUUAACAAUUGUGAAAUCAGAUGGCGGUUUUACCUAUGAUACAUCUGAUAUGGCAGCUAUCCGUCACCGUGUACAAGAGGAACUCUGCGAUUGGAUUAUCUAUGUGGUUGACUCAGGACAAAGCACACAUUUUAAUACCAUUUUCAAAGCUGCCGAACGAUGUGCCAUCUUAAAUCCAAGUAGCCAUCGCGUAGACCAUGUUCAAUUUGGCGUCGUUCUGGGCGAAGAUGGAAAAAAAUUUAAAACUCGAUCGGGUGAUACAGUUAAACUUGCCGAUUUGCUCGACGAAGGAAUGAAACGUUCACUGCAGCAAUUAGAGAGUCGAGGACGCGACAAGGUUCUCACUCCUCAAGAGUUAAAGGAUGCUCAAGAAUCCUUGGCUUAUGGAUGUAUUAAGUAUUCAGAUUUGUGUCAUAACCGGAUUAGCGACUAUAUAUUUUCAUUUGAUAAGAUGCUUGAGGAUCGCGGCAAUACUGCCGUUUACUUACUAUACACAUAUACUCGUAUUUGCUCUAUUGCACGAAACUCUGGUGAAGACUUCUCUGAUUUGCCUGCGAUACUGAAGAAAGUCAAGAUCGAAUUAGCCCACGAAAAGGAGUGGAAACUGGCAAAAACUCUUUUGAAAUUACACGACAUACUCAUAAAGUGUACUAAGGAACUCUUUCUGCACUUCUUGUGUGAAUUCUGCUAUGAGGUAUGCACAGUUUUUACUGAAUUUUAUGACUCCUGUUAUUGUAUUGAAAAGAACAAACAAGGCGAAAUCAUUGAAGUUAACCACAGCCGAAUUCUACUCUGCGAAGCAACUGCAGCUGUGCUGCGUCAAUGCUUUUAUAUACUAGGUCUGAAACCAGUUUCAAAAAUGUAAAAUAUCGACUCUGACAUAAAAUGUUCACGAAUAAAAUUUUGAAAUUUUAAUAGAAAA